GCCUGAUCUAAACGUUUCCAGUAUUCUCUAAUUUUAAUUUGGGGUGCUGGGUGGCUUAUUUUUUCUUUAUUUUCAGUUUUUGCAGUGCCAGCAUUUAUUGCCCAUCCUUAACUGCUCUUCAGAAGGCGGGUGCCUUACUGGUGAAGGUGAUCCCAACUGUACUAUAGGGGUGGGAGUUCCAGGACUUGGAUGUUGCUAUGGUGUAUGUUGAGAGAAGGAGAGUCCAAGUAUUGAUUGGGCAGUGAAACUAAUUGUAAUUGGUGGGCAGCCAUACCACUCCUGACUAGCCUCAUUUACCAUCAUGAGGCACCACAAGACCCGAUCACAGAAUCACUCUUCGAUCACCAUUCAGGUGAAGCCAGGGGUUUCGAAACUGUCACGUCACAGCCGGGAUUUAGUGCCUCGAAAGCCUAGGCUGCAGGAGAGGGGUGAAGGGGAAGCAAUCAAGAUGUCAAAACUUUCAAAAGAUUCUCCAUUUGUUAUAAAACACCAAGAGCUGGAUGCCUUUCUUAAGCUGCUUGAUGACGAGGUGAUUCAGGACUUCCUAUGGAUGGACAGUUGCUGUAGAAUUGCAGACAAGUAUUUGCUGGCCAUGGUCCUGACUUAUUUCAAACGCGCAGUUCUUCACACAAGUGAAUACUCAAGGAUGAACUUCUUCUUGGCUCUGUACCUGGCGAAUGACAUGGAGGAGGAUGAAGAACAGUACAAGUAUGAGAUUUUCCCAUGGGCACUGGGUGAGAAUUGGAGGAAGCUCGUCCCAAAUUUCCUCAAGCUCCGGCUGGACCUCUGGGCUCAAAUGAAUUACAGGGCGGCUGUGAGCCGGCACUGCUGUGAACAGGUGAUAGCCACCAUUCCUUCUCACUACAUAUGGCACAGAGACCGCCCGGCUCACCACAGCGGUGCGACUCGCAGUUACUUGCAGAAGGAAAUGUUGCCUGCUCCACCAGGGCCAAAUGGAACACCCCCGUUCUGCACCCUCUGUAACGACUCCAGGUGCUACCUGGGCCUGGAUUUGGACUCUUCAUCCUUGCCAGAAAAUGCCACCUUGUUUGAUAAUGAUUGGCCCCAAGAUCUAUUUAUACUGUCGCCAGCUGUACUGAUAGACCAUGGCAUAGAAGGUAUGACCUCACUGGACUCUGUAUAAUACCCCAGGGUUUGAACGUGGGAGGAGUCUUUCUGGAGAUUUUGACAAGGGGGCUUUAAUCAGGAGCAGAUUGAACUCCGGGUUGGCAGUGUUUUCUAGUUCAGGAGAGACUGGGACUAUUCUAGCAUGUGCAGGUAGCAAAGUGCACACCGGUCUUAAUCCUUUCCUGAGUAACACCUUGCAGUCACAGGCAAAUUUACUGAUCACUCCGCCGUGUUCCCCAAUAAAGUUUUGCCAGAAUCCAACUAAUGAUUCUUGAAGAAGCAAAGGAUUGCUUGAUUCGGUUACUGAGCUGCCUGCUGCCUUGGUGAGCAUUAGACUGCACUGCACUGACUCUUCAGUUUUAGUUAAGAACUCACAGGUGCCUCACCUAGAUUGUCCUGUGUAACCUCACUGCACCAUUGCAUCACAAGGUGCAGUCUGUGUUUAAAUACAGCUGGAUUUGCCUUGUUGUUACUGGAGCUUUGUGCUUACUUCCAGGGUUUCUGUUGUUGUUAGUGUUACAAUGCCAUUGUGGUUAGGGAAGGGGCAUUGCAAUCUCCUGUACUACUGGGGUAGAGCGAGGGGAGGGUGGAGGCUCAGUGUGGCAUUUGAAAGCUUUGGUCCUAUAGGAAGUGUUGGCCACUGGCAUACAACUGGUAUUUGUCAAGGGACGACUUAAAAUAUCCUUGCACGUGUCAAGAGAUCCAACAGUGUAAGUGCUGGCAUUCCUGCCUAAACCUGUUUGGCAUUUUAAAGAUCCACCAGUGUAAGUGCUGGCAUUCCUACCUAAACCUGUCCGGCAUUUUAAAGAUCCACCAGUGUAAGUGCUGGCAUUCCUACCUAAACUGGUCCGGCAUUUUAUGACCUGAAGCACUUUCUUUUCCUUCGUUCCCGUUGCCCUGUGAAACUGACAGGAAGGGAAUUGUUGCAACUGACUUGUUACAACUCAAACGUUAAGAGCAUUUGUCUGCAGUUGUACAUGUAUUUAUUGCUGUGGAAAUGAGAAUGUGUAGAAUAAACAUUGCAACAUGAA